AUGGCGGAUUAUGAUGUGGAAAGUGUUAUAAGAAAAAUUGUCGACGCCAAAGGCAGUACAUGGAGUCCGCAUGAGAAAAUACCGCUGAUUGCCAAGGAACUCGAACAACAGAAGGCCGACUUGAGACUGUUCCUAGGAAAUUGUGAUUUCGAUAUAAAUGCUAUAUACAAUGAGAGCACGGAAUUAUGCGCUGAGAGCAAGGAUCUUAUCCAAGAAAUGGAAAAGUGUAAGAAAGAAAUUGAACAGGAAACCAUGGCAGAAAUACUCAAAUCUAUAGAAAAUCACGACCAGAUAGCAAAGCAGUUGGAGUCCAUCAACUUUGCAUGGAAUAUAGUGUCUGAUAUUGUCAAAUGUGGCAAAUAUGUGAAAAAUUUCGACGAAGGCAGAGAAGCUCAAAGUUUCUCUAAGGCGGUGGAAUCUGUUUACGACAUGCUGAAGUUUAUAGAAACUCCCGCUGAAGGGUUUGAGCAGUUGGAUCUGUACGCGAACACCAAGAACACAGCCAGGUUAAUCCUGGAUAGUCUUUUGAAUGACCUGUAUCAAGCAUGGUUCCGUAUGAUAUCCUACACCACCCAGCCGGAUACUUCGAAGACUGUCAUAACACUCAACAUAAAUAUAGACGACUCUCUCGUAUCAAUAGACGUUUUGAACGCUCUAGACAAAUGCGAAAAACUCUCCGAAAAGAUCAGCGAAUUUGCUGACUUUCUGAAGAAAGAAGUAUUCGUACCGAUACUUCAACACGAUUGUUUGGUGUGUGUUGAAUCGGAUGAAGUAGCGACAAUCACUAUUAAUUACAAACAAAACUAUACGCCGACUUAUGGUGACGUCAUAGGCAAUCUGAGGUUGCUCUUCCAUUUCUUAAAUAACAAAUUCAACGUUGAUUUCAAGCCCGAUAAGAGCAUAAUGCGAAUGUUGGGAAAUCUGAUUGCAUCCGAACUGUGCGAGAUGCUGAUCAAAGACUGCUUCAUUGACACAAUACCAAAUAAUAUAAACGACCUUCAGCGUUACACCCUUGUUACGAACGACAUAGCUGAUUUCCAAAACUUCUUGACGGUACUCAAAAUAUUCCCACCAGAAGGUCUCUCCCUGCUCAGCUACAUGGACAGAAUUGAUGUUUUGUUCGCUGACCGGUCCAGCCAACACUUCCUGGCGACCGCGAGAACUAUCAUGAUGAAGGAUUUGAGCGUGACUAUGUCCAUAGGCGUGGAGAAAAUUCCCGACGAGCCGGUGUCUUUCGAUAUCUUCGAGGACGAUCCCCACGUACUAGAAGCUUUAGAAACAUUUGAUAAAACAGUACCAAAAAGUUUAUUCUACUUCCCAAGAUGUAUGAUAUCGAAGACAGCUCAAGAAUUAUUAGAUUUAGUGUACAUGGUGAUGGAGCAGGCGGUGCAGUGCUCGGACGUGGUGUGCAAGAAAUUGUACUACACGGCCAGGUUAAUAUUUGAGUUAUAUGACGCGGUGGUGCCCUAUCACCAUGAAAACUACUUGCACACAAUACCCCAAUACGUUGCUCUGUUCCACAACAACUGUAUGUUCCUGGCUCACAACCUUCAGAUGCUCGGUGAUAAGUGGCUCUCGUUGUUGGACCGCGAGCCGCAGUACGCGGUGGGCUUCAUAGAUCUAGUGCAACGAGUACGAACUCUGGGCCACAGACACCUCGCGGCUCACAUGCAGCAGCAGAGGAAACAGAUCCUCGACAACAUACGAUCCUCGGAUCUGAACUGCAUAGUAGUGAAGGAUGUUCUGAGCGAGAACGCCGAGGCGGCUGUCCGACAAUGUCUCAGACAGCUGCAGAUACUCAAGAACGUGUGGAUAGGAGUGUUCCCGCCAAAUGUCUUCACGAGAUUAAUGGGGACGCUAGUGAACAUGUUCGUGGAGGAGCUCAUCCACCGCGUCUGCUCCGUCGAGGACAUCUCCAUGGAGAUGGCGUCUCAGCUUACUGACAUGUACACACUCGUCGUUCAGAAAUCGCCCACUCUGUUCCAGUCCCUAUCCGAUGUGGAGCAACACGUUAAAUCUUGGAUUAAACUACAAGAGCUGAUUUUCGUGCUGGGAGGGUCGUUGAAGGAUAUUGAGAAUCACUGGAAUGACGGCUGCGGUCCGCUAGCGGUGCACUUCACGAGAGAGGAGCUACGGAACCUUAUUAAGGCGCUGUUCCAAAACACGCAGUUUCGUGCCAAUUUGUUGGCAAAGAUUAAAUAGUUCUAUGUCUGUAGACAUUAAUAUAAUGUGUGUUUAGUUGU